AUGAAAGUCAAGUGUUGUACGACGUCUUUGUUUGUUUCUGACGAUUUCCUCCUCUGUGUGUUUCCUGUAGUUUGCGGAGACAUCCAUGGCCAGUUCUUUGACCUGAUGAAGCUGUUUGAAGUAGGAGGGUCACCAGCUAGCACGCGCUACCUUUUCUUGGGCGACUACGUCGACAGAGGAUAUUUCAGUAUUGAAGUAAGUGUUUCACCUGUUCUAAGAACAUUAAAGGAAAAUUCCACACAAAAACUAUAUUUGGUAUUUGUUUCAUUAGUCCAUUGUUGAUAUAGUCCCAAAAUGUUUUGCAUGUCAACAAUCAAGUUUUCAAGAUAUAGAACUUUCAAAAUACAGAAAGUGUCACAGUAUGAUGCGUUUGGCAUAAUCCUUUAAGUUAAAGAAGGAAGUGGUUGAUGCUUUUUUUUCUGAGACUCCAAUUGGUUAUAGUGUAUUGUAUUUCUUCUCUGAAAAUAUGCUAAUUCAUUUCUUAUCUCUUUGUUAUUCUCUCACUCUUCCAGUGUGUGCUGUACUUGUGGGCCUUAAAGAUCCUAUACCCCAAAACACUAUUUUUGCUCCGUGGGAACCACGAAUGUAGACAUCUAACAGAGUAUUUCACAUUUAAGCAGGAAUGUAAGUAUGGUUUGAGUUUUUUUUUCUAAAGCAUUUUACAUUCAAUGCGAUGCUUGACUUUCAAACGUUCACGCAGAAAAGUGCUUCUUGGCAUAGUAUGAAAUCAGAUUCUUGCUCUCUCCUUGAUAUGUAUUUACAUAUGUCAGGGCUAUUGCUGUUGGAUUCGGGCUUAGAGUAUAACCAAAAUACCAAGGGCAGAGUGAAGGUUUUUUAUGUCUUUUGGAUGUUUUCGGACACUUUUUGAAAACUUUCCGACCCAGGCCCAGCACACUGCCCUAGUGUGUAAGAGCCAGGGGUGUUUGGCCUGGCAACACUCUUCAGUCCCCGCCCUAUUUCCACCCUGACAGGUAGAAUUAAGUAUUCUGAGCGGGUGUACGAUGAGUGUAUGGACGCCUUCGACUGCCUUCCCUUGGCCGCCCUUAUGAACCAGCAGUUCCUGUGUGUACACGGAGGACUUUCCCCAGAAAUCUCAAACCUCGACGACAUCAGGAAAGUACGUGAUUUCCCAAACUACAGUCCUUGCAUGACAAAGCCCAAUGCAAUAUGCUUUUAAUUUGUGCCGACUUUGGUACAUUUUACACAGACUACUAAAUUCAGAAUGAUCCCCUCUUUUUCCCAGUAGCAAAAUAUUAAAAUCAUGGAUACUUGGGAUAUUGAUAUUGUAUCGUUUAUUUAGUGUAUGAAUAUAUCAGUCAUGUCCAGGUUUCAUUCAAGUGUAAUGGGUGUUCGGUAUAAGAAGGAUAAUCCAUAAUCCAUUCAUUCAAGUGGAUUUUAUUAUAAUGUGAAAGGCACAUACAUUAGGAUACAAUUAGGUUUACACAGAGCUUGUUUCAUUUUUCCUUUUUGCUGUUCAAGGAAAUAGUCUUUACAAUUUCCCUUGAAAUAUUUAGAAAUGAAUUACCUCGAUAACACAACAUGGACUACCUCCUUCUCAAAGAUGCCCCAAGCUAACCCAAUCUGGCUGUCUCUGAUUAAACAUUUUGAAUAGUUCGAUCCUGCUUUCUCUCAAAUUCAAUAGCGACAAUUGGAUUUUGUGGCCGCAAUCAGAUGGUCUCCGAUAUCAAAUCUGCACUAUUGACGUGUACAUUAUGCUACAGUAUUUACUGUACCAGGGUUGGGGUCAAUUCCAUUUAAAUUCCAGUCAAUUCAGGAAGCACAAUGAAAUUCCAACUCAAAUUCCAAUUAAUUGAAUUGGAAUUGGAAUUUGGUUUACUUUCUGAAUUGACUGGAAUUGAAAUGGAAUUGACCCCAACCCUGGUAUAUACUUUCUCUGAGUCAUGAGCUUUUGGCUGAUCACUUUAAUUUGUAGCUUUUCAUCCCAUUUCCAAGGUGGAAAUAUUAUUAUUGUCAAGAUUGAAAAUAUCUAUUCAUGUUUCAUACUCAUAAUAGGCACAAAUUGUCAUCCAGUCCAUCCAAUUACAUGUUGUGGGUUUCUUUCACACAGAGAUGUUGUACUGUGGUAGGACAGAGACCCUACCAACAGUUUUACUGUAACAUGCUCUGAUGAAGGCAUAACUGCCGAAAUGCGUUAGCCUGCCUGACUGAAAAUAAAAGGGUGAAAUGAGGUGAUGUCUUUUAGUAAAAAGAAAAUAUGAUAUUGGAGUGCCACCGUUUCGCAAUGUUCUUGAACUUGGGAUUUCAUUCUAAGUUUUACUGUAAUCACAGUUCAAUGUAGCAAAACUAACUGUCAAAUCAAGAUCCGUUUCAAGUAAUUUACAAUUACAAAAACAAACCCUUUCCCAUAGGUAUCACUACACCAACCUAUUGAGGAAGCUAAACCGACUCAGUUUCCUGAUAGAUGAGACAUUUUCCUGACUGAUUGACAUUGUCUUUCCCUGUCUCUCCUAACUCUGUACCUCUGUCUCUGCAGUUAGACAGAUUCAAAGAGCCCCCUGCAUACGGGCCCAUGUGUGACCUGCUGUGGUCAGACCCCCUGGAAGACUUUGGGAACGAGAAAAGCCAAGAACACUUCACACACAACACAGUGAGAGGCUGCUCCUACUUCUACAGGUGGGCCAUCACCUCCUUCACAAGCUGCGUAGUGUGA